UCAUCCUGUCAAUAACAAAAACCCUAGGAUAAAAAUACUCUCACUGUCUCGAUCGUGGGAAAAGCAUGUAACCAAAAACAAACACAAAAAUGAUAGUAUAUGAUAUUAUAAUAUUUAAAUAAAGAAAUUUAAAAUCAAGACAAAAACAAAACCAGAAGAAAACUGAACCACUGAAAACUGAAUCUCUACCUAUCCAUCAUGUCACUACCACCAGUGAUAUCACCGACGGCGAGGCCAACGGAGCUUCCAAUCCGGCAAAUUCCAGGAAGUUAUGGAUGGCCUUUGCUGGGUCCUUUGUCAGAUAGAUUGGACUAUUUCUGGUUCCAGAAGCCAGAUAAUUUCUUCAAAACACGAAUGGAGAAAUACAAAAGUACCGUGUUCCGUACCAAUAUUCCUCCCUCAUUCCCUUUCUUCAUGAACGUGAACCCUAACAUCAUUGCUCUUCUCGAUUGUAAAUCUUUCUCUCACCUCUUCGACAUGGAUCUUGUCGAUAAAAAGGAUGUUCUGGUCGGAGAUUUUGUCCCUAGUGUUGCUUUCACUGGGAAUAUUAGGGUUGGUGUUUAUCAGGAUGUUUCUGAACUUCAACAUUCUAAGGUAAAGAAGUUCUCAAUGAACAUCUUGAAACAAAGCUCAAGCAUAUGGGUAUCAGAACUAAUAUCAAACCUAGACAUAUUUUUGGACGAAAUGGAAACAACAUUGUCAAAAAAUUCAUCAGCAAGUUACUUGUUCCCACUGCAAAAAUUCUUGUUCACUUUCCUUUUCAAAGUCCUUGCAAGAGCUGACCCUUCCCUUGACCCCAAAAUUGCUGAAUCAGGUUACUCUAUGCUCAACCGUUGGCUUGCCCUUCAGCUUUUACCUACAGUUAGUGUCGGUACAAUUCAACCACUUGAAGAAAUUUUACUUCAUUCCUUCUCUUACCCUUUCUUUCUUGUUAGUGGAGACUACAACAACCUCUACAACUUCGUUAAACAACAUGGUAAGGAAGUGAUAGGAAGUGGAAUAGAAUUUGGGUUGAGUGAAGAUGAGGCCAUCCACAACUUGCUUUUUAUGUUGGGUUUCAACUCAUUUGGUGGCUUUUCAGUUUUCCUUCCAAAUUUAUUAGACAACAUAGCAAAUGCCCCAAAGGAUUUGCAACACAAGUUAAGAAAGGAAGCAAGAGAGAAGGGCGGUUCGACUCUUGGGUUUGACUCCUUGAAAGAAAUGGAGCUAAUUAAUUCAACGGUUUACGAAACCCUUCGAAUGAACCCACCGGUUCCGCUUCAAUUCGGUCGAGCUAGAAAGGAUUUUCGGCUCAAUUCGUAUGACUCGUCGUUCAAUGUGAAGAAGGGUGAGUUAUUAUGUGGAUAUCAAAAGCUUGUAAUGAGGGAUUCAGUUGUGUUUGAUGAACCAGACCGGUUUAAACCGGAACGGUUCACUGAAGAGAAAGGGGCCGAGUUAUUGAACUAUUUGUAUUGGUCUAAUGGACCACAAACUGGUUCGCCAAGUGUGUCUAAUAAGCAAUGUGCGGCCAAGGACAUUGUAACCUUCACCGCAUCAUUGAUUGUGGCACAUUUGUUUCGUAGGUACGAUUUCAUUAAAGGGGAUGGUAGUUCCUUCACUAUCUUACGCAAGGCCACAUGAAGAGUAAGGGUUGGUGGUUAUUGGUGAUUAUUAAAGACAUAUAUAUAUGUAUGUUUUUUCUUUAUGUAUAUGAGGGGUUGGGUUGUAUCUAUUCAAAAAAAUAAUAAUGGAGAGACUAAUUUGUAUUGAGAUUUUUAUAUCACUUCACUUUUUUCUCCAAUA